CUUAGCUAUCUGUUCAAAGUGUAAGUCGGAUUUGUUUUGUUGACGCACCGGUGAGCCCUGUUAGCUUAUUUUGUUAAGUUAUUUGUAAAUCUGUCUUGUUCGCGCAUUUCAAGGUUUUGCCGUGAAUAUACUGUCCUUUAACAGGGAGAUGGCGCUGCGUGCUUGUGGCUUCAUUGUGUUUCGGCGUAUAGCCAACCGUGUGCCUCCAUCAGACAACAUUGAGUAUCUCCUGUUGCAGACAUCUUACGGACAACACCACUGGACACCACCAAAAGGUCAUGUGGACCCAGGAGAGGAUGACCUGACCACUGCCUUGAGAGAGACAAAGGAGGAGGCAGGGCUGGGGACGGAGCAAUUGCAGGUGAUUGAUGGCUUUGUGCAGGCGCUGCACUAUGAGGUUCGAGGCAGACCUAAGGAGGUCCUGUACUGGCUGGCUGAGCUCAGAGAUCCAAGGACAGCCGUGACUUUAUCCAAUGAGCACCAGGACUACCGCUGGGCCUGCCUGGAAGAAGCCUGCACAUUAGCCCAAUAUAAAGACCUGCAGGAGACCCUGAGAGCAGCACAAAGACACUUGGAGGCUCAAUCAGACAAACAGUGAUGUGCAGAAAUGUUCAGUGUGCUGCAAGUAUGUUAAAAAAAAACAAAAAAAAAACACCAGCACCACACAUUCAGAAUCUCAGCACCCUCAGAGCUAAAUGUGAGUAAUUCAUCUGACGUUCACAAGUAGAAAAUAUUGAUUUGCGUGUAUGUUUUUGAAGCCAUGUGGAACAACAAACAAGGUGAAACUUUCUCAGCAGAGUCCCAAAAACAUCAGCCAGUUGGUGAUUUGUUUUAUGUAGUGCUUAAAAUGUUUUACUGUAGAUUGAAUCCAGUUUGAAAUUACAGGUUUUUCCAUACUUCUUCAUUUUCUUCCAUUCUGAGAGC